CCCGUCGUCUGGUGCCCCUCUCUCGAUUGCUCCUCAUAAACCCUAGGCCUAAUCCUUCUCUUCUCCGCUUCUCCAUGGGGAAGUCGAGAGCGGCGAAGGAUCGCAACAACAAGCGCAACAACAAGAAGCGCAAGCUCGGCCUCAAGCCCCAGAAGAAGCAGCAGCCAAAGCCGCAGCGGCAGACGCAACGACAGUCGCAGCGGCAGCGGCAGCGGCAGCCGCAGCCGCAGCGUUCCCACGAUAACCUCGCACAGGAAUACGAGGAUCCCGUCCUCUUUGGAGGUGGCGCCGGCGGCGACGACGACGAUCCCGCCGCCGCUCUCUCCUCCCCUGAUCGGAUCCACCGCCUCCUCGAGCCGUACACCAAGGAUCAGCUCAUCAGCUUCCUCCUUGACGCCGCGGCCUCCGAUGCGUCCCUUCUCGCCCACAUCCGCACCAUGGCCGACCGCGACGUUUCCCACCGCAAGGUCUUCGUCCACGGCCUCGGCUGGGACGCCACUCGCGAGACCCUAAUCCAGGCCUUCGAGCCCUACGGCCCCAUCGAGGAAUGCAACGUCGUCGUCGACAAGGCCACCGGUCGUGCCAAGGGCUACGGCUUUGUCCUCUUCUGCUCUCGCGCUGGCGCUGUCAAGGCCCUGAAGCAGCCCCAGAAGAAGAUCAAGAAUCGCAUCGCCUACUGCCAGCUCGCGUCCGUUGGCCCCGUCCCCGCUUCCAGCAGCACGGACACCCCCGGGAGGAAGGUGUAUGUCAGCAAUGUCCACGCCGAUGCUGCCCCUAACAAGCUCAAGGCAUUCUUCUCCCAAUUUGGGGAAAUCGAGACCGGACCCUUUGGGUUCGACAUGCUCACGGGGAAGUCGAGGGGGUUUGCGAUCUUCAUCUAUAAGACGCAAGAUGGGGCGCGAAGGGCGCUCGAGGAACCAUACAAGAUGUUUGAAGGCCACCAGCUGCACUGUCAGCUGGCCACUGAGCAUGGGCAGAAGGGAAAGGCACCGGUUUUUGCUCCCAAUCCGAUGUCUAACGCUGCUCUUCUUGCGGCGCCACCGCAGCCUGUGCUGGCGGUUAUGGCUGCUGCACAGAACCUAGCUUUGUACAACCAGAAUCCAGCAGCUUUCGGUGCUCUGCUUGGGCAGAACCCACUAUUUGCCGCAGCUGCACUUAAUCCUGCAGCUGCAGCUGCACUUAAUCCUACAGGGUUGCUUGCAUCGCAGGGCCAGACUCUAGGAGGAGGAAUGGGUGUGGGAACUGGAGCUCCCUCAUUGCUGGGUGCUUAUGGAUCUCAGGCAUUGGCAGGUCUGCAAGGAUUACAGUCAUAUCAGGGUUCGCAACUUGGUCAAUCAUCAUCUAUGAGGCCUACCGGGUCCUAUGGAGGGUUUCCUUGACAUAUAUGCUUAUUCUGUAUCUGUGACUGAAAUAUAUGACCAUCCGGGAACUUGUUGGCUUGAAAAAGUUGUGUUAAUAUACCGGAGACCUUUAUCGCAGAUGUGAGGAAGCUAGUACAAGAAGAAAGCAUGGGGCCUUGGAGGGUGGUUGUUAAAGGCUUCUCUAUCUAUUCAGGCUAAUAUGGAAGGACUUGUGUAACAGCCUUUGAGUGUGUUCAUCUCCAGUUCCACUAAGCUCAGUAACUCAAGUGGAACUCUUGGGGAAAGAACUUUUUUCACUUGGCAUGCUGCUCCAUUACUGUGAAACAUGUGUGUGUUUACUUUUGUAUUUAAGCAUUUUGGUGGCAGUUGCUAAUAUUAUUAAUUUUGUUCUUUUUGUUUUGUUA